AUGUUCCACAACAGUUAUCAAUCUGGCUUUCUCUCUAUUCUCUACAGUAUUGGCUCCCGCCCACUGCAGAUAUGGGAUACGCAGGUCCGCAAUGGCCAUGUGAAGCGCAUCACCGAUGAAGAUAUUCAAUCCUCCGUGCUGGAGGUGGUCGGCAGCAAUGUGAGCACGUGCUACAUCACCUGCCCGGCAGACCCAAAGAAGACACUUGGCAUUAAACUCCCAUUUCUCGUGAUGAUCAUUAAAAACUUAAAGCGGUACUUCUCCUUUGAGGUGACCAUUCUCGACGAUAAGGGCAUUCGCCGCCGCUUCCGGGCCUCCAACUAUCAGAGCACCACCCGCGUGAAGCCCUUCACCUGCACAAUGCCAAUGCGAUUGGAUGAGGGAUGGAAUCAGAUCCAAUUUAAUUUAGCCGACUUCACUCGACGGGCGUAUGGGACGAAUUAUCUCGAGACUCUACGCGUGCAGUUGCAUGCAAACUGCCGGGUGCGGCGAUUGUACUUCAGCGAUCGACUCUACUCAGAGGAGGAACUCCCACCAGAGUUUAAACUCUUUCUCCCCAUCUCCCAACAACAACAACAGCAGCAGCAGGAGCAGAUGCAGCAGCAACAGCAGCAGCAAAUGCAACAACAGCAGAAACAACAAAUGCAGCAACAACAACAAGUGGAGGAGACAACGGAACAGGGAGAAUCGGAGGAGCCUAAACAACAACCACCGCCACAGCCCGUAGAGGCAGUAUAG